AUGGGAAAAAAAUCCAAACACCAGGGAACCGCAAAACCAGCUGGGGCACGCGACAUUGGGGACCUUCUCCUUCGUCCCGCAAAGGCCUCAAGCCUCACCGCGCCAAAACAAAAUGGCGCCGCGAUCUCGGCCUCCUCCGAGGAACAAGCAAUGGAUGAGCUGGAUGAGUUCCCGGGCUCUGGGGGCUUACACCACCCCUCCUCCGACGAGAAUAGCGAGCAACCCUCCACGAAAGGAGAUAUUAAAGCCCUCCUCCGCAACCUCCGCAUGAUGUUCGCUGCAGAUGUAGCUACACUGCGUAAGGAAAUACAAACUGUGGAGGGGAGAGUCAAGACUAUGGAGGGAAACUCAGAAGACCUAACAGCCCGAUGCACACAGCUGGAAGCCCAAAAUACUGAGCUGCAGCGCAACCAGUCCAGAUCUGCACAGGAGCAGAAAUGUAAAAAUCCGGGGAAUCGUGGAGACAGUGACCCCGAGCGACUUACCACAAUACUCCAGGAGACUAAUUGCUUCCCUACUCACACCACACCAAGCAAACCUUGCCGUGAUCGACGGGGUCUACCUGAGAGCCACCAGAGCCCCAGCACACACCCCAAAGGGAUGUCAUACUACAACUACAAACACGGGCAGCUCAAUUAA